CCCGACUCAAUUGCAACCCUGUGGGGAUUUUUCUGCCAAAUAUGGAUCCAAAUAUGGAUCAGCAGAUGAUGAUGGACUACGCCAUGGAGGGUUACAGUACCAAGGAAGCUUUCGAGGCAUUCGCGUCGGGUGAAUUUCCAGAAGGUUACCGUGGUUUCGGGGCUCUCGAUGGUUAGUAGCACGAUGCUCUUGCGUCUCGACUCCUUCCCAUUGGCUAACUCACAUUGAGAACUUACAGGAUCAUCACGUCGUCCCCGUCGCAAGCCGAAGAAGCGAGGAAUUCCACCAAAUAAAACAAAGGCAGGGGGCGCAAACGUGGACGAGGAGGGCUGGGAGUCUGACGACGGAGAUGACUAUGAUAGCGACGAUGAUGAAAUGGAAUUCUAUCCCGAGAAAGACGACGCAGCACAUGGAAAGUACUUAAAUGACGGCCUUGAUCACGACGUCGAGGAGGCCUGGAGAAGUGGUGCAUUGCAGGAUAUGUUUGCUCAGAUGUUUGGUGAAGAUAUGCCGGGCAAGGCAAUUGAUUAUGAUUCUGCAGAGUACAGUAUGUCUGCUUUGCUUCGUGUGCCCUCAACGUGGAUUUGUUACUAACAGCGUUUCGCUCUAGAGUCCAAAUCUAUGAGCGAGAAAGCUCAAAUUGGAAUGAAAGCAUACAAUGAAGACCACUCGGACGUAAUGGCGCUUCAAGCUUUGGAUCCCUCUUGGAAUAGAAAAAUGCACGAGGCCAUUGCCGCUGGACGCAAGACCGAAUUUUUACGGGCAGAGAAUGCAAAAGCAGCAUUGCAAAUCACGACUCAGAGAGCGAGAUUCAGAAAAGAAUUCCCCGAAUUGGCAAGGGAGCUGGAUAAAAUAAAAGCUCCAGCCUCAGUUCCACAGACAAAUACCGACUCCGCAGUCUGCUCUCUGUGCAAUACUGGCGAAGAUAAACUAACAGAGAAGUUGAAGAUCUGCUCCAAAUGCAAGACCACUCGUUACUGCUCGGCUGAAUGCCAAAGAGCAGAUUGGAAGGCACAUAAGCUCACGUGCGGCAAAACUCCAGCCUAAUUCACUUUAAAGCGUAUGGAACUCUAUCAUGACUAGUGUCCCGGCGUUUUCUGGGAUUUUCUAGCCACGGUGUCUCUGAAAGCAUAUUUCAGAUUAGAACGCACCUCAAUAUGCAUGUCGGUUCCAUGCUGAGAAGCUGCUCAACAAAUAGGAAGAGGAAAAUAUUCGAUUUCUGCCGUCCUGGUAGGGCGGGAAGGCAAAAGCAAGGCGUGCGAUUCGAGCACGAUUGCUUCCAAGAGCGUCAUUGAGGAGUCUGAUUCUAUCCAUGGAAGCGAAAGUUCUUUGGCUCAAUAUGUCUGGGAUCCCGCGCAAGAUAUACGUGAUACAAGUGUCGGAUAUUGGGUGACCCCGUGAGUUUCCAUGAUCUCCUGGGCUAACCUCGAAGUCGUUCGAAUCUUGAAAACGAGCAUAAAAUACUGCAAGAUCUUAGAUAGGAAUGAGCUCUGUUCUUGCACAACUCGGCGAGCUGUGUGUAUCUAGAACCCCUAUGUACAAUAUUGCACCUUCACACAUUUUUCUAAUUCCUGUUAGGUGGA